AUGGCUGACAUGAAAAAGUACAAAGAUGAGUUUAUAGGCUUCUGUUCAGGGUUUGUUGUGACGAUGUUUUGGAGCAUCUAUAUCUAUGACAGGGAACUGGUUUACCCAAAGCUGCUUGAUAAUUUUAUACCAGCGUGGCUAAAUCAUGGAAUGCAUACAACAGUUUUGCCCUUUGUAUUAAUCGAGAUGAGAACAACACAUCAUCAGUAUCCCAGCAGGAGCUGUGGACUGGCUGCAGUGUGCACCUUCGCUGUUGGCUAUAUUUUAUGGGUGUGCUGGAUUCACCAUGUUACAGGAGUGUGGGUGUACCCACUUCUUGAGCACCUCAGCCCGGGUGUCAAAAUAAUCUUUUUUGCAGCUGUUACCGUAGUAAUUAACAUAUUCUACUUGGUGGGAGAGGUCCUGAACAACUACAUCUGGGAUACCCAAAAAUGUGUUGAAGAAGGAAAAGAAAAGCCGAAAUUGGACUGAACAAUAGGAGCAACAUGGAGGAUUGUUUAUGGCUCCAUGGAAGAUUUCUCAUCCCCAACAGAGGUUGGCAUGGAGAGGAAUCUUUUGGAAAGGAGGAAGUUUAAUGGGCCCUCUGCUCAGUGCAAUGGUAUUUUGGGGUUUUAUAUGGAGGGAAAAUGAUUUUAGCUAAUAAUAAUAAUAAUGUUUCAACCUCCAUUCUAUUUCUCCAUGCUUGCAUGUGACAUACACAUAUAAGAUGUAUAUUUAUCUCCACGGCAUUCUCAACAUGCAUUUCUUGCAUCAAAUAAGUCAUUAAAUCAUUAAGUCAUGAAAUCUUUUCACUUCCACCAAGAAGAACAAUGAAUCCAUUCUCUGUAUUGUUUGAGAAAAGCUUAACCAGAUAGGUCUAAUAUGGGGAAACAAAACAAUCCUAUGUAUUUCAAAGUACAGUGUAAAAAUACAGUAGAAGUUAAUUGCAUGAAUGUAUCCGAAGGAGAAUGCAAUCUGACUGAAAUGCUAAUGUAACACUAUGUAACAGCGGCCUUAAAUCAGUGUUAAUUAUUUUAUCAGUCCAGUAAAAUCUUACUUGCGGUCUUAGACUAUCUGAAUCUGAUGCAACUUUUCUUAAAUAGGCCUAAAUAAAGAUCCAAUUAUCCC